UACGGCCGUGCUCCGUCGCACACUUGUUGACGCGGAUGACGUCAAAGCGCGAGGACAUGGGACAGGAAGAGGCGCAGCGGUAAAAAAAACAAAAAACGUCAAGAUGGCAACGGGCUUAGACUACGGGCUAAAAAGAGUAGUUUGGAAGAAAGUCAAGGACACAAUUAUUGCAGACUGCAGAAAAUCUGAAGUAUGGAAGAUUUUGAUUCUGGAUCCAUUCACCACCAAGCUUCUGUCAUCAUGCUGCAAAAUGUCCGACCUGAUGUCGGAGAAAAUAACAAUUGUGGAGGACCUCUUCAAAAGCAGAGAGCCUGUUCUAGAAAUGAAGGCCAUCUACUUCAUCUCACCAACUGCUAAGUGCGUGGAUGCCUUCAUUGCUGACUUCAAGCCCAAACCCAAAUAUAAAGCAGCGUAUGUUUAUUUCACCGACUACUGUCCCGACAACCUGUUCAACAAUAUGAAGCUGUACUGUGCAAAGUACAUUAAAGUCGUUAAGGAAAUAAAUUUAAGCUUCAUGCCACAAGAGGCACAAGUGUUCACAUGUGAUAAUGCAGGGGCUUUCCAAAGCAUCUACAGCACCAACAAUCACAACAAAAAAGAGGAGACACUGGAGGCACUCGCAGACCAGCUCGUCACCCUCUGUGCCACCCUGGACGAAUACCCGGGGGUCAGAUACAGGAAAGACAGCAACAUGUUGAACGCCAAGACCCUCGCAGAGUUGGUGGACAACAAGCUGGCCAGGCACUAUGAGCUGGAUGACGGUGGCAAAAAGAAGGGAAAGACCCAAGCCCAGCUGCUGAUAUUGGAGAGGGGCUUUGACCCCGUCAGCCCCAUCCUGCAUGAGCUGACCUACCAGGCCAUGGCUUACGACCUCAUUGAUAUCCAGAACGACACGUACAAGUACAAGUCCAAAGAUGGCUCAGAGAAGCAGGCCCUGCUGAAUGAGGACGACAUGCUCUGGGUUAAGUUGAGGCAUAAGCACAUUGCAGAGGUCUCAGAACAAAUCCCCAAGAUGGUGAAAGAAAUAUCUGCUAACAAGAAGCAGCCAGAUGGGAAGAUUACAAUUAGCAAUUUGGCCCAAAUGAUGAAGAAGAUGCCCUCAUUCCGUAAACAGCUGACAGAGAAAACUAUUCAUCUGCAGCUGGCCGAGGACUGCAUGCAACAUUACUCAAACAACGUGGAGAAACUGUGCAAAGCUGAACAGGACCUUGCAGUGGGGUCAGACGUGGAUGGGGUGAAGGUGAAGGAUCCUAUGAGGACCCUGCUGCCUGUGCUGCUCCACCCAUACAGCACCCAUGACAAGAUCAGAGCUGUGCUGCUCUACAUCUUCAGCCUCGGCGGAACAACAGAUGAGAACUUAAGCAAACUUAUUCAGCAUGUAAAGAUUGAAGACCAACAAGAGUUUAUUCUGAACUGGAAAGAACUCGGGGUCCCUAUCCUCGCAUCGUCUGGUUUCCAGGUUGGUUUCUCUCGCAAACCAACCAGACGGGAUCGAUCCCAGGAGGAGAAGUACAAUCUUUCCAGGUGGACUCCCGUCUUAAAAGAUGUAAUGGAGGAUGCUGUGGAGAACAAACUGGACACCAAAGACUGGCCACACGUCUCUGAGUGUCCUGCUGCCUGGAACGGCUCUGGGGCUGUCAGUGCCCGACAGAAGCACAAAGCCAGUGCUCAGGAUGAACGCCGGACCGGCUCGCGCCUCAUCAUAUUUGUCCUAGGAGGGAUCUGCUUCUCUGAGAUGCGUUCUGCCUAUGAGGUCACACAGGCAGUAAAAUCCUGCGAGGUCAUCGUAGGGUCUUCUCACAUUUUGACCCCAACCAGUCUCCUGGAUGACAUCAAGGCUCUAAGUAAAGGCCCAAUGGAGACUUUCACAAUAGAUGAAAGGAGCAAUGCCUGAGAGGUCUCGCCCACCAACUAACACCUCCAGACUCCCCCUGCCUCCCUGCAUCUCACAUCACUCAGUGCACUCAGCUCAACUUCCCAUAUGGAAAACUAAAGGGAAUUUACCUUAUACUUAUGUUUUAAUAUUCAUUUCAACCCCACUGCACAUUCACUAUUGGUGUGAUGGCAAAGUCUUUUUUAACAGGAUCAUUUCAGGAAGCUUUUUUUUUUUUUUUUUUUUUAAACUGAAGAAUCACUAAGAAAAUUGUGCUUUGAUAAUUAUCAUUAAUCUCGCCUGCCUAUCUGUGUUUGCCUUUGUCCAUAAAAGAAAAUAUUGGUUAUGUGACUUAUUGAAAAAUCUCUUUCAGGGACAGAAUGACUUUGGAAAGCUAAUGUAUAUAUUGUAUGGAAGCACUGAGUCCCUGCUAUGUCACCCUGACCUUUUUUUUUGUCACUAUUGUUUAUAAACACUUCAUGUGAUUGUGUGUUUUAAUAUAGAGUAUUUACAUUUUUCUUGAACUGAACAACUGACUAAUAAAUGGAUGAAGUGGUUCAAA